GCCCCCACCAUCACUACCACAAUCACUACCACCAGCUUCCUUUACACCACGACGCCUACCUCCUUUACUCACAAUCGAAACAAUGGCUAACAAAAUCCUCCGCUCCGCCCCUAACCUGAGCGAUCGCUUCAAGAACCUCGACGGCCGUAACCAGGGGGAAGUCUGGGACGAUCUCUGGAAAGAAUCCCGCACUCCUUGGGACCGGGGUUCACACAAUCCCGCCCUUGAAGACGCCUUGGUAGAAAAACGCGGGUUCUUCGGCGCCCCUGUUUUCGAGGAUGAGCCGUUGCGCCGGAAGAAGGCGCUGGUUCCCGGUUGUGGGAGGGGAGUGGACGUCUUCCUCCUGGCAUCGUUUGGGUAUGAUGCGUAUGGAUUGGAGUAUAGUAAGACAGCGGUGGACGUGUGUCUGAAGGAGAUGGAGAAGUAUGGAGAGGGUGGGAAGGUCCCUCCUAGGGAUGAAAAGGUGGGCAGUGGGAAGGUCACGUUCCUGGAAGGAGAUUUUUUCAAGGAUGAUUGGGUGAAGGAGGCCGGCGUGGAAGAUGGCGUUUUUGAUUUGAUCUAUGAUUAUACGUUUUUCUGUGCUUUGAACCCAGCUCUUCGACCACAGUGGGCGCUCCGCCACCGUCAAUUACUAGCACCAUCACCUCGCGGGAAUCUCAUCUGCCUCGAAUUCCCAACAACAAAGGACCCUGCCGCUUUGGGACCUCCAUUCGCCUCUACACCCGCCAUGUAUAUGGAACAUCUCAGCCAUCCCGGUGAGGAUAUCCCAUAUGACGACAAGGGUCAUGUCAAGAGCAAUCCACUCCAACAACCUAGCGACAAAGGUCUUGAGCGCGUCGCUCACUGGCAGCCUAAGAGGACCCACACGGUUGGUAUGGAUGACAAGGGAAAUGUGCUGGACUGGGUCUCGAUUUGGCGUCGACGGGAUUAAUCGUUUCGUCACAUAUACUGGCAUCUAGCGUACGGAAGUUAUUGUUGUUCAUCGCAUUUGCAUCCGCAUGUCUGUGCAAGGCACGUAUCUCCCCCCUUUCUGUACAUAUAGCAUCCCAAUC